AUGUCGCUUGGAAUCCUCGACAUGGACCAGGUCAACAUACGGUCCAUCCGUCAUCAAUUAUUUAUACCCAGCAGUUGCGACUGGCCAUCGCCUACAGCCAGUGAUGCCAGUAAUGGAGGUCCGACCCAGUUCCAGCAUGCUGGGAAGAAGGAGGGAAUCCCUAGAGAAGACCAAAUAGGCAAAUGGCAGUGCGCCUCCACUGUUUACAGUAUUUCGCGUGCAGACCAUGGGCACAAUGCAGCGCGGAAAUAUACAGCAAUCUACCCCUCUUGGCCCUCUAGCUACCCACUCAUCCAGACGGUACGCUCCGCAAGUGGGUUGACGAUUAAAAACGGAUCCUAUCUGGUACUUACUGGAAGUGGGAAAAACUGGACGAACAUCAGAUUCCCGAUUCCCACUUGCCGGAACGAGCGAGCAUCAGACAUCACCCUCCCACGCUGUUCUGCUGGAAUCACUGUGGUUCGUCGGACGGAGAUAAUCGCACGUGGUCUUCCAGGACAGCCUACCCGCGGGCUCGUCCCGGGAAACGCCUUCUGCAUAUCAGUAUAUUGGUUUCGAGUUCAGAACCCCAGGGACUCGGGCGAAUAG